GACAGAAGAAAUAAGUUCCUUGUCCAAGAGUUGGGUUGCGUUCAACUUGGCCAAGAGUACAAAGUCUGGAAGUCGCUUGCUGCUGCUGCUGCGGUAACUAUCAAAAACUUCGCCUUUCUUCGGUAUUAUAUAUUGGCAAAGCUAAUCAACUAACGCGAAAUGAGUUCAAACAGAAUCUACCCGUCGCGGUUCAAGAGAGGAGAUAUGGCUUCAGUUUCAUCAGAUAUAUAUUCUCAGCUUGGAUCCCAAAUUUCAUUAGCAGAUGAUAAAGAAGGAGUCUGCAGGAACUGCUGUCCCAGGAGAUGCUGCUUAAUCACAUGUAUAAUCUUGCUCAUUCUUGGAGCGCUGGCAGCUGCUUUAACCUGUGCGAUUAUAUUUGGAAUACCACCCAAACAGCCAAUAAUGCGUCAGUGUAAAACCACAUCAGAUUCGGUGGGCUUUCUGUGCGAUGACCGCAGUACCUGCAUCAUUUCCACACAGCUGUGCGAUGGCAAAGUCGACUGCAGCAAUGGUGAAGAUGAAUCAGAAUUGUAUUGCGGAAACCUGCCUGAUAGCCUCCCAAAACAUUUAGUUUUCAUCUGUGGCAACCAGAAGACCUGGAUCUACAUAGAUCAAAAGUGUGAUGGAAAAAAUCACUGUGGGGACUGCUCUGAUGAAUCAGAAUUGCACUGCCCUGCUUGUUCUGGAUGGAAAUGUUCGACUGUAUUCUUCAAUGAUUGCGACUGCAUACCGAAGAGUCGCUGCAAAAACAACAUUCAGAACUGCAGUGAUUGGAGUGAUGAGAAUACCUGUAAUAAUUGACAGCCAAAUAUUUUGGUUACUUUACUAUCUCCACAAUACAAUUGAUCUUAUAUAGAUAUUUUAAUUAACUUUGUGCAUUUGGUGCAUAAUACAAUUGAUUUUAUAUAGAUAUUUUAAUGAACUUUGUUGUCCUUUGAGUUAGCAGAUACAUUUAUUAUAUUGUGAAUCAGCAAGUACAAUUGCAUGCAGAAAAAAAGUCUUAAUUUAUUUCAUAAACAAUAAUAAAUGUUGUCAUUUG